AAGGCUCGGAAAGAGAAACAUUGGGAUCCAUUUCAUAAAGAGUGGCAAGCAAAGAUAUCUCAAGAAAUACAAGUUUUGAAUGCAUCUUUAUCUAAACUUCCUCAGUCAAUCAAGUUCCAAACAAAAGUUUUAAAAUUCCAAGAACUACAAGUUUUGAAUGCAUCUUUAUCUAAACUUCCUCAGGUUCCUUUCAAAUCAAGAAUGGAUAAAGAGGAUUUGGAAGCCAAAUUAGAAAUUCUAAAUAGUUUAGAAAAGAAGUUUUGUGAUGUCGGACCAACUUACGAUUGCGUUGUUUUCCAUGAUGGAAGACAGUGGAGAGUAGCUGUUGAUACUUCAGAGCGUGGUGAAUUAGAAGAAUGUACAUUAUUAGGCACAUACUCCGAAACAUUUGACUUUGCAAUGCUUACGGAUCUUGACAGAUUGAAUUAUUGUGUUAAUGUACACGAAGAUGGAAAUUUGCUGGAGAUAGUGAGCAAUUCCUCUGUUCAUGGAACACAUGUAGCUAGCAUAGCUGCUGCCUAUUUUCCCGAUGAACCUGAAAAGAAUGGUAUUGCUCCAGGUGCUCAAAUAAUUAGCAUUUGUAUAGGAGAUCUGCGUUUAGGCUCAAUGGAAACUGGGUCUGCUCUAACUCGUGCUUUAAUUAAAGUGAUAAGUAGUCAUUGUGAUGUGAUAAAUAUCAGUUAUGGUGAGCAUUCUCAUUGGUGUGGGGGGAGUAGUCCUGAAAUAGGUACCCCAUCACUCUACCGCUGCCAGUACUACUCGUACAAGACAGCAUCAAGGUUUGCCGAUUUUGCCUCGUGA